CUAAAUCAUUUGUAAAUAAUUUCGUAUAUUAUACAGAUGUAUUAUGACAAGGUCCCCGUUAAUAUUAGUAUACACCUAUUGACUGAUUAUGAGGGUAAUAGCAAGUUUGUCGUCCCUGAGAUACCAACUAUUGCUCGAGGCAAAGCCGAGGGCAAUAGUUAGUUUCAAAGGGACAACAAACUUGCUAUUACACUCAUAACCAGUCAGUAAGUGUUUUAUUAUACCGAACAAAAAAACAUUCAUAAAAGACUAAUAUAUUUUUGUGAAUAUUAUGUAAUUAGAGAUCUGUCAUACACUAUUCUGAAAUCAUAUUAAAACGGUGUAGCAUUUUUCAGAUACUGAUAACAUAUUUCAUUCGACAAGAACAUUCAGCCUCAAAGGUAUUGUAACUUACAACUGAAAUGUUGUAAUAAGUUACCGUUAUAAAUUUUUUACAACCCCGGAGCUCAUGCAACUACCAGACGAUUUAUCAAUGUUUAUUUUACUGAUUUUCUGCCUAAACUUUCACCUUUUCAACGGUACAGCAAUUAUUUCAGUAUUGUGUGUCCUUAUAAAUCGACACUAUCAUUUCUGACAUUUACAAAUAUAUCCUAUUAGCUAUCCCAAUAGAAUCGAUUAAUAAGUAGGAUUACAGUUGUUGAAAGUUUUUGCAGGAUGUCUGUAAAGUUUUUUGAUGGGAGAGGAUGGAAGUAAACCGAAGAUACUGGAACAUGACGGUUUCUACAUUCCACCGUUUCCAUUUCCAACACACGCCCAAGAAUAUGCCACACUGCCUACAUGGAAAGCUAGAGAUGAUGAUUUACUCGUCAGUGCAUACCCUAAAUCAGGCACACAUUGGUUAUGGGAGAUAGUCUCAAUGUUAAAGCAAAAGAAAGCGGAACGCAUAGAUGCCAUAAAAGAAUGGAACAUGAUAGAAGGCAUGGAGCAAGCUAAUUUUGACAGUCUUCUUUCACCUAGAAUUCUGAAUACACAUAUAUAUUUCCGUCAUUUACCAAAAGACUUUAAGAAUAGGAAAUGUAAAAUUUUGUACAUUCUGAGAAAUCCAAAAGAUGUGGCCGUGUCAUUUUACAACCAUCAUUCCAAAUUUUUAGAAUAUGAAUAUUCCGGCUCAUGGGAACAUUAUUUAACAAGGUAUCUGGAGGGGGAUGUUGAUUAUGGUUUCUGGUUUGAGUACACAUUAGACUGGGAAAGAGUCAUGGAAGAUAACCCUGAGUACCCGAUACAUACCUUACAUUAUGAAUCCAUGAAACAGAAUAGUUUAAAUGAAAUAAAACGAAUUGCAAAAUUCCUGGAAAUUGAAGUAACUGAUGAUUUGGUGCGGGAAAUUGAUGAUUUGUGUUCUUUUGAGAAAAUGAAAAAAGAGAAAAAUAAAAAUGAAGAUGUUAAUGUAUGGAAAGAUAAAGAGCCAGGAAUGUAUCGCAAAGGACAAGUUGGUGAUUGGAAAAAUUGGUUCACUGUCGCACAAGACGAUUUAUUUGACAAGUUUUAUAAAGAGAAAAUGUCAAAGUCAAAAGUCAAAAUGCAAUUCAUUGUAUAAAAAGAAUGUAGAAAGUUUUUUUAAAAGAAAUCCAGAAUUUAACAUUCAACGUUUUUAUAGGAUGAGGGAUCCAAUAUUUGAAUAUAUAUGGUGCUAAUGAAAAAAUAUUUUGUGACAUCAAAUAUUUGUCAGUACACACUAUGUCCAAUUAU